CCCCACCUUCCCUCCCGCCCCUCUAGCCGCUGCCUCAGCUGCUGCCGCUGCCACCGAGCUGACCACCGGCUUCGCACCUCAGAGUUACUGAUUGAGUUUUGAGACUCCUAUACUCUCAUCUGCCCUCAUGGAUGAACUUCAGGACGUUCAACUCACAGAAAUCAAACCACUUCUAAAUGAUAAGAAUGUUACACGAAACUUCCAGGACUUUGACUGUCAGGAACAUGACAUAGAAACAGCCCAUGGUGUGGUCCACGUCACAAUGAGAGGCUUACCAAAGGGAAACAGACCAGUUAUCCUGACAUAUCAUGACAUUGGGCUUAACCAUAAAUCCUGUUUCAACACUUUCUUCAACUUUGAGGAUAUGCAAGAGAUUACCCAGCACUUUGCUGUCUGUCAUGUGGAUGCCCCAGGCCAACAAGAAGGGGCACCCUCUUUCCCAACAGGGUACCAGUACCCCACGAUGGAUGAGCUUGCUGAAAUGUUGCCUUCUGUUCUGACCCACUUAAGACUGAAAAGCAUCAUUGGGAUUGGAGUUGGAGCUGGAGCCUACAUCCUGAGCAGAUUCUCACUCAAUCAUCCAGAGCUUGUGGAAGGUCUUGUGCUCAUUAACAUUGAUCCGUGUGCUAAAGGCUGGAUUGACUGGGCAGCAUCCAAACUCUCAGGCUUGACAACCAAUGUUGUGGAUAUUAUAUUGGCUCAUCACUUUGGGCAGGAGGAGUUACAGGCCAAUUUGGACCUUAUUCAAACCUACAGACUUCAUAUUGCCCAAGAUAUCAACCAAGAAAACCUACAGCUCUUCCUGGGUUCCUAUAAUGGGCGCAGAGAUCUGGAGAUUGAAAGACCUAUCCUGGGUCAAAAUGAUAACAGAUUAAAAACAUUAAAGUGCUCCACUUUACUGGUGGUAGGGGACAAUUCACCUGCUGUUGAGACUGUGGUUGAAUGUAAUUCUCGCCUCAACCCUAUAAAUACAACUUUGCUAAAGAUGGCAGACUGUGGGGGGCUGCCCCAAGUAGUUCAGCCUGGGAAGCUUACCGAGGCCUUCAAGUACUUUUUGCAGGGAAUGGGAUACAUACCAUCUGCUAGCAUGACCCGGCUUGCCCGAUCACGAACACAUUCGACCUCAAGUAGCCUCGGUUCUGGAGAAAGUCCCUUCAGCAGGUCUGUCAUCAGCAAUCAGUCAGAUGGAACUCAAGAAUCCUGUGAAUCCCCUGAUGCUCUGGACAGACAUCAGACCAUGGAGGUGUCCUGCUGAGCAGAUGCUCCCACUGGACAUGCAAGUCCCCUUCUUCAGAUGACCACUACACAAUAGAACACUUUAUCCCUUCAACUGGACUCCACUAGCCUUCACACAUGCAUGGCCACUGACCCUCUCUCAAGUAGCCUGGAUUUAUCAUUCUCUACCCACACACCCCUUUUUGUAAAAUGUACCAAGAACCACAACCAAACCAUUCUGGUAACAUUCCAACAUCUCUAGCUGAGCCAAGCUCCAUAUCUUCCCAUGCCAGCUUUUCCCUGUGCUUUUCCAAUUAUGUAUCUGAUAAGAUUCUUUAACCCCCAACUCCAUAUGUGUGCAAGCACUUGUGUCUAUGUUUAUGUGUGCAUAGUUCUGUGAUUUUAGAUAUGCUUCUUACAGUGCUUCUGCAGAAACAAAAAGGGAUUUUGGUUUUUUUUGGGUUUUUUUUUGUAUUUUCAAUGGUGUUUUUAAGGGAACUGUGCAGAGCAAAUAUCUAGAUGGGACCAGCCAUCAGAUUCUUUUUGAUUCCAAGUGGUCAAUAGGAGUUACAGAGGGGUUUUAGGAGAGAACAGCUCUGAGCACCACUGUUUGCCUGGGAAGUAGUAGAAGAAUUGCCUGUUACAAAGAGGCAGGCUGUGUGGCAGUCACCUCCUCUGUCCUAAUGGGUUCAUUCAUGUCCUUCUAUAAAUAAAAGGAAUAUGUUCUAGUGGAAGCUAAAGAAUGAUGAGGUUCUUAUGCAACAGGAGUUUUCUCCAAAGAGGCUUAAUUGCUAGACUUCUCUGAGUCCAGGAAGUAGAACAGAAGCCCAGCCUCUGCUGUGCAGAUCAAACUGGUGCUCUGUAGCAUGUUAUGCCACUUGCCAGAUGUCCAUACAUCUCAGGAAGUGCCCCCCCAGCCUCUGAUGGACAAUGGUUUUUAAUAAAGGGAGUCCCAGAAAAGCAUACUAUGGCAGAAAAACCACAUCCUUGAUGGGGAGACUGGAGGAAGAGGAAGAGCCAUUAACAAUAUCAUAUUCAUUAAGUGUUGCCUUGAUUUCAGCAAGUCAGUGGAAGCUAGGGUAAAUCCAUAAGGAACCUGUUUCUGAGAAAUGUUAAUACAUUGUAAAGGGCAGGCCCAUCCAGGUUUAAUUGUUUUCAGCCCCCAGUCUACUGUAGGUGAGGGGAUUCCUUCAACCAUGGAGAAUUUCUGGGAGGAAGACAAAAGCAUCAGCAGACCAGCUGCCUCAGCUCAAGGGCCCAGUUCUUGAGAGCAUCAAGACAUGAGCACAGAGUUUCACAAUUCUCAAUCUUGCAGACAGACUUUUCAGACGCAUAGUUUGCUUUCUGCUCAGAUAAGGAAUGCGUCACUCUGCCAGACUAUGACUUUUUACAGAUUAUUAAAUAAAGCUGUAUAUGUCUCAUUGUUA